AUGAGUGCUAGAAAGUCUGGUGGAAGACAAAAACUCACGCCUAUUCGGAAGUACUUUCUCUACAAUUCUGAGAAUGCUUACAAUGAGUGUCAAGUGUCAGGUUGUUCUACUCGACUAAUGGGUGACCGCAAUGGAAAUUUGGAGAAGCAUUUGGAGCGAUGGCAUCCAAAUGAACAUGCAGCCGCCGAGCAGGAGNCCGCCGAGCAGGAGAAGAAGAAGGAAGCAGAUUCUCAGAAACGUGGGAGAUCGAAAUCUUUUUCUGUCAACAUCAGCGCAGAUCGAAUCAAGGAACUCUACGUUGAAUGGGUAACCGUCAACGGACGUCCAUUUUCAAUCCUGCAAGAUAGCGCUUUUGUCCAGAUGAUCAGCCCUUUCCUUGAAGCUGCAAAUCUUGCUGAUGAAUGCAGUUUUUCACAAGAGGCUGUGCGCAAGUUGCCUGUUCAAAAGGCCAAAGAGAUUCGAGCAUCCAUACGAGAUGAGUUGAAGGGGAAACUCAUCUGCUUGAAGGUUGAUGCUGCCACACCUCAUGAUCGAGGGUUCAUUGGAAUCAAUGUGCAAUUCAUCGAAAAUGGGGCCAUCCAUGUUAGGACUUUAAGAGUGAUUGUGCUCUUCGAUAAACACUCAGCUGACUAUCUGAAAGGGGUAAUCACGGCAGUCCUGGAGAAGUAUGAAAUAGAUAUUUCGAGUAUCUAUUCUUUCACAUCAGACAACGGUGCCAACAUGGUGAAACUGGGGAAACUCUUCUCGGAGGAUCAAUCUAAACUGAUUGAAAAGGACGAUGAGAGCGAAGAAGAGGAGGAGGAUGAGGAAGAUGAAACUCCGUUAGGCGCAGAUGUGUCCUUGGGCAUCAACAGCUUCGAAGUCUGUACCUUGUGUAAUGGCCGUGGUGAACUCAUCUCCAACAUACGAUGUGCUGCUCACACUCUCCAGUUAGCUGUUGAGGAUGCUCUCAAUAAAUUGAAGGGCUCGAGGAACACACUUGUGAAAGCUCGGACGGUUGCAAAAGCUUUGCGAACCCCAACCGUGAGGAAACAAUUGCAGUGCAUGCAGCCUGGAGCAAAAAAGCCGAAGUUAGAUGUCGUGACACGUUGGCACUCAACAGCGGACAUGUUGGGAUCAUUGUUGGAGGUGAAAGAUUUCUGCAGGAAGUCUUCGAAGACAUUCAAAGCUCUAGAAUUAUCCGAGAAGGACUGGCAGUACGUCAAGGAUUAUCUGAAGUCGCUGAUGCCUGCUAAGAUUGCCACCAAACGCCUCCAAGAGGAGCAGUUGACUCUCGGAUCAUUUUUCGGCAUCUGGCUGGUAUGCAAAUGUGAGACACAGAUGGUAGAUACGUCUCUGGCAACUGAGCUCGUGACAGCAAUGGAGAAAAGGGAAGAAAAACUUCUGGAGAACGAAUCUCUCCUAGCCUAUUUAGAUCCAAGAUUUCUACCAUUACUUUCGGACAAGCAUCGUUCAGCACCCAUUGCGAAGCUGGAGCGAGUCUGGGCGAUUGUGGAGGAACGCAAUAAAGCUUCAAACGAUCUACGAUUGAGUUUGCCCAUUAAUAGGGGUAGAUGUGGCACCCAGACGAGUGAAUCAAGCAGUAGUAGUGCUACUAAUCAGGGUUUCAAGAGUGAUCGCUUCCGGAAAAUGUUGAGCCAAGCAGCUGCUGCUCAAAUGAAAAAUCCCACUGCUGUUUCGAACAUCAAGCGCAUUCUGAAAGUCUUUGCAGAGACGGCUCUCGCUGAUGGCUUCGUCGAUCCUGAUAUGGAUAUCCUGCAAUACUGGGAAAGUAAAAAAUGUGCGAUGCCCCAACUGUACCAACUUGCAACAAUCGUACAUUCAGCACCAGCUACACAAGUGACAGUCGAAGGAAUGCGGUACAUCUUGGAUACGCUGAGGGCCAACUUGAAGCCACGAAUUUUAGAUGAUAUCUUGGUUGUACGAUGCAAUAGCCAAAAUAAGUCAAGAGUUCAGAGGGUUAUGGAGAAGGCAACUAGCAAACGUCGGAGGAGGCACACCGAAGGAAGCACACCCACGACUGAAUCUUCUACUGCCAACACUCCUACAGAUGACGAGACUAGAAGUUUAGAAUCAACGAUUGAUGCUUCAGAUGAUUCCCUACUUGGUGUUCUGUCUUCAAGAGUAGCAAUGUCGAGCGAAGUCCCUUUUAAUAAAUUCUAA